CUCACUGCCUUCCCUUUUCCCUUCCAGACUCUUUUCUUUCACCAUUUCACUCCUCCCUCCGUUUGUGCUGCAUUAAGUAACAGGAGGAAUUAUUAUUCUGUAUGAUUCUGAAUCAGACGAGACUCUCUGCACCAUCACCACUGUGUGUAAAGAUGAAACCCCUCCCUUCUAGUAGAAGACCGCCAUGCUCCCUCCCUCCUUCCUCCUCUCCCUCUCCCUCCCUCUUUCCUCCUCUCCCUCUCUCCUUCGUCAUCCCUCCGUAUGUGCUCGUGCGCAGCUCCGUUGCCGUUGCUGUGGGCCUGCUGUUAAUGUCGUUCAUCACUGCCACCACUAACCCACAGAGAGGAGGAGGAGGAGGAGGACAGCAUCUCUCCCUUCUUUUCAUUUUUCCUUUUUUUUUUUCCUCUCGCUCCCUCGGUCGCCCAUAAUGCAGCUCUGCGCAAUUGAAUUUUGAUGUGUUUUUUCUGAUGUGAUUUUUUUACCCUUCGCUUCCUGAGAGACAGACAGAGAGAGAGAGAGACUCACAGACGAGCAGCCAGCGGAAGAGAGAGUGGUCAUGCAGCCCCACGCGACAGAGGUGGCCCGCCUGUACCAGACGGAGUUCAUUCGUAGUGCGCGGGCAGUGGGCGUCCUGUGGGCCGUGUGUACUCUCUGCUUCGCUGUCAUUGAGGUGGUCAUCCUCAUCCAGCCUUCCUGGGUGGGCACGCGGGAGUUGCGCUUUCGUGGUGGGGGUGGGGGGACGCCCCCUCAGGCUGGUACUCUGGGCCUGUUUGAGGUAUGUGUGGAGUCAGACUGGCCCGUGCCGGAGUGUAAGGGAUCUUUGCGCACCCUGACCCCCCUGCCAGCUUUCCAGUCACCAGCCGUGCUGGUCUGCAUGUCUCUGACCAUGGUGUGGGCCAGCGUAGGCUGCCUGUGUCUGUUCCGCUUCUGCAACGCUGCCACUGUGUAUAAAAUCUGCGCCUGGCUGCAGCUGACCGCAGGUUUCUGCCUGGCACUCGCGUGUGUGUUGUUCCCGGACUCGUGGGAGUGUGCGGAGAUGAGAGCGCUCUGUGGGGAGAGUGUGGCCAGUUUCUCUCCGGGGAACUGCACCGUCCACUGGGCCUAUGUGCUGGCCAUGUUGGGUGUGCUGGACGCUGCCAUUCUCUCCACGCUUGCCUUUGUUCUUGGCAACCGGCAGGAUGCACUGCUUCCAGACGAUGCCAAGGAUGGUGAGGUGACUGGGCUGUUAUUGGAGGCAUAAGUCACUGAUGGAGCAAAUGCAUCAGAUGGUUCCCUUCUCAUCAUACCCUCUCUUCCCUAAGAGAAAGAAAGAUGAUGUGAGAAGAGCUCGAUUUGUCCUCUCCCUCAGCAUGACAUCACCCUGACUGCUCGGCUUACAUAAUCACUCUGCAUAGAAACAGUCACCUGGCAACGGUCACCUGGCAACUGUAUCCUCCAGCCUCAGAAUCCUCCAGCUCUAGAGGGAGAGACAUUAUUCCCUCUCCGCAGUGGCCUCUGUCAGCGGAGACUGAGGGACUGAAGGUCGUUAGAAUGUCCAGCCUCACUGGUUCUUCCUUGUGUACCCAUCCAAUGUCAAUGAUGCUUUUCAUAACAGUAAAAAUAACAAAUUUUAUGGUAUAUUGAUCCACUGCACUGUUGUGUGUUAAGACUAGGGCUGUCACAAUUAUGUGAUUGGACUCGAUUACUUGAUUAAAAAAAAAUCUACUAUGAUUAGUUCAUUUGUAUGAUGAUAUGCAGGUUAUAAAUUCUCUUGCUGGUCUCAUAGUAAGAAACAAGAGUCUGAUUGGCACACCCAUUUAUAUCUAU